UCUUCGUUCAGGAAAAUCGCGUCUGCAUAUCAUCAAUGGCAGCAGCGUCUACGACGGCGACGCCGCUAGAGCUCCGGCCGUUGGGUAAUACGGGGCUGAAGCUCAGUUGUGUGGGCUUUGGUGCCUCUCCUCUCGGUAAUGUAUUCAAAGUCAUCUCAGAAUCCGACGCCAUCGCCACCGUCCGCCGAGCUUUCACCCUCGGAAUCAACUUCUUCGACACCUCUCCGUAUUAUGGAGGAACAUUAUCAGAGAAGGUGCUGGGAAAAGCACUGAAGGCUUUGGAAGUGCCUAGAACUGAGUACAUUGUAUCUACAAAGUGUGGAAGGUACAAAGAGGGUUUUGAUUUUAGUGCUGAGAGGGUGACAAGGAGCAUUGAUGAGAGCCUGGAAAGAUUGCAGCUUGAUUAUGUAGAUAUCCUGCAUUGUCACGAUAUUGAAUUCGGCUCCCUCGACCAGAUUGUGAAUGAAACAAUCCCAGCUCUUAUCAAACUAAAGAAAGCCGGAAAAACAAGAUUCAUCGGUAUUACAGGGCUUCCAUUGGGAAUAUUCAGUUAUGUCCUCGACAGAGUGCCACCAGGAACAGUCGACGUAAUUUUAUCAUAUUGCCACUACAGCAUCAACGACACGACCUUGGAGGAUAUACUGCCUUACUUGAAGACCAAAGGUGUUGGUAUAAUCAGCGCAUCUCCUUUAGCAAUGGGUCUCCUCACUGAAUCUGGCCCCCCCGAGUGGCACCCAGCUCCCUCCGAACUCAAGGUUGCCUGCAAAGCUGCAGCUGCUUAUUGCAAAGAUAAAGGGAAGAGCCUCCCAAAGCUGGCGAUGCAGUACAGCUUAUCGAACAAAAGUAUUUCGACUGUUCUUGUUGGGAUGAACUCUGUUGAUCAGGUUGAUGAAAAUGUCGAGGCUGCGACAGAGCUGGCGACGAGCGGGAUGGAUGAGAAAACGGUGGCGGAGAUCCAAGGCAUUUUGGAGCCCGUGAAGAAUGUGAGUUGGGCGAGCGGCGUGCAGCAGAGUUGAGGUAUGUUCGGAGUUUUUAGUUGAAACCUUUCGGUUGGCCCUUGUGCAUAUAUUUCUUAUCUAUUUCUCAAUUAUGUUUGCUGUGGUUUCAUCUUUUUGCUGUGAUUCUCCUGAUCUCAUUUCAAUGAGUAUGAUACAUUUUUAGUUCAAUUCAAAAGGGGCAUUAGUUGCAUGUUUUUGUGUUGUUUGUGGCUGUGUGUUUAUAGUCUUUUGAUCAUUUUUCAAGUUUGUAUUGUUUUUUUCCAUGCAUAAUGUGGAAUUAGACAAAAUAAAUUAAUGAAUAAUUUUUUA